AUGUCGACUUCUUCUUCUCACCAAGAAAACCCGGAACCCAAGAAAGUCCAAUUCCCAUUGGACUCAACUGCGUACCAAAUCCUCGAUGAAAUUGGCUUCGGCGUCAGCGCUGUUGUUUACAAAGCCAUAUGUUUGCCGAUGAACAACACAAUCGUGGCAAUCAAGUCCAUCGAUCUCGAUCAAUCCCGGGCCGAAUUCGACAACAUUCUACGUGAAACCAAGAUGCUCUCUCUUCUUUCACACCCCAAUAUCCUCAGCGCCUAUUGUUCUUUCACUGUGGACCGUCAUCUUUGGGUCGUCAUGCCGUUCAUGUCCGCCGGGUCUCUCCAAUCCAUAAUCUCCUCUGCUUUCCCCGACGGCCUACCUGAGCCCUGCAUUGCCGUCGUCCUCAGGGAGACACUGAACGCCAUGUCGUAUCUUCAUGACCAAGGGCACCUUCACAGAGACAUCAAGGCUGGUAAUAUCUUGAUUGACUUCAAUGGGUCGGUUAAAGUUGCAGACUUUGGGAUUUCUGCUUCUGUUUAUGAGGCCAAUUUGAGUGGAGAGUCUUCGAUUCGGUUAAACGACGUUGCUGAGACGCCGUAUUGGAUAGCGCCUGAGGUGAUACACUCGCAUAACGGCUACGGAUGUAAGGCGGAUGUAUGGUCUUUUGGUAUCACAGCUCUGGAAUUGGCUCGUGGGGGGCCUCCUCUGUCUAACUUGCCUCCUUCAAAGUCUCUGCUUUUGAAGAUCAUGAAGAGGUUCGGCUUUUCGGAUUAUGAAAAUCGUCAGGACAAGAAUUACAAGAGCAAGAAGUUCUCUAAGGCCUUUAAGGACUUGGUGGGUUGUUGUCUUGAUCAGGACCCGAACAAGAGGCCCACUGCGGAGAGCGUUGAGGAAAGGUUCAAGAAAACCAGGGGUUUGGGUGGGCUGAUGAAGGAGAAGGGUAUUAAUGCUGAGCAUGACGAGGAUGAAGAGGAAGAUGAUGAAGGUAGCUCAGCGAGGCAGAGGGCUAAGCACAGAAGGAUUAGUGGGUGGAAUUUCAAUGAGGAUGAGUUUGGUCUCGUCCCUGUGUUCCCAGUUGAGCCUCAAGGCGAUUCGGCUGUGAAAAUGGUUCGGUUUGGUGGAGAAACCAUCAUCCAGGACAGGGGAGUUGAGUGGAGUGAGUCGAAUCCGAGUUCACCGGGUCGGGUUGGGGAGGAGGCCAAGAGUGAGAAUGUGGGUGUGAUAGGAGCUGAGAGGGAAGCAAUGGCGGUGGGUGAGCAUAGUGAGAAUGUGGGUGAGACAAGGGGAUUGUUGGGUGGUGGUGGUGUUGAUGAGGAAGCCCUGGUGGGUGCCCUGAGUGGAAAUGUGGGCGGUGAGGCAGAAUGUGAUGAAAUUGUUGAGCGUGUUGAGAGGGGUGGAAGCUUGGGAGUUGAGCAGAGAGGAGCAGAUGGGGCAAGUGAUUGA